AUGAUAGUGCACGGCUUAGGUUUCCAACGCACCAUCGUUCAAGGACUUUCGGAGACGCAAAAUAAAACCGAGAGGAUCCAAAGCAGCAACCCAGACAAGAGUAUUCACACGACUGUUAUGCAUGCCUUUUUGCGACUCACCUUGAGAAGCCAGGCUGAGGAUUUUGUCUUUUGGAGUUUAGUUUCUGUAAGUCCUUCCCCCCCUUCGCUUUCCUUUCUCAAGUCUCCACUUUUAGCGAAAGAGGACAUUUCAUCGCACGUGUAUGUGCUUUUAGACCAUACCAAAUACGAAAUAGAAAGUUCUAUAGAAAAGAGAACACACUAG